AUGGAUGCUGCUGACGCUCUGGUUGAUAGAUUCUUCUCUUGGGUGGAGCUACAGAAAGAAUGUGCUGACAAACUGGACAAACUGGCUGAUGAGUUGGAGGAAACACAGAAGAAUGUUAACACUGCUAAAGUUGUGGGCAGUUCUCUAUCUGUGGGUGGAGCCGCUGCCAUGACUGCAGCAGGUGUAGCAACCAUGAUCACAGGUGGAGCAGCACUACCUGUUAUAGCUAUGGCAGGUGGAGCAGCAUCCUGGGCUGGUUUAGCUACUGACGCAUCGUGUGAUGUUGUAAAUCUCACCAGAGCAGAAAAAACCUCGGAAGAGGCUGAAGAAGUUGUAGAGAAGAUUGAGAAUCUUCAUGAGGAGAUUGACAAACUUUUGGAGUCACUGAAAAAGGAAUUUCAGAAGAAAGAAGAUCACGAUGACUCCUGUAGUGAUGAUCACCUGAUGGAGAGCAUCCUGAGAGAAAUGGCCAAACGUAACGGACUGAUAGUAGAUGACACUGUCAGUUUAAAGAAGAUCCUGGAAGAUCACGUUCAGUGUCUGAAGCCAGUGAUCUUGUCUUUCUUUUCAUUAGAAAUCUCGGUCACUGCAACAGUCAUAGCCAAGUCUGUGAGAAAGUUACUGACAAAAGGAGGAACAAAAGCAGCAAAGGGAGUAGCGAAGAGUGUAGCUGGAAAAACAGCAGGAAAAGCUGUGGGACGUAUGGCAGGAGGAAUACUUGGACUUCUGUUCUCAGUUCCAGAGCUGAUUGAGAACUGGAACAACAUGGACAUCUGUGAGACAGAAGCCAGUAAGAGCCUGAAAGAGAACGCUAAGGCCAUACGGACCGAGUCUGAGAACAUGAAGAAAGGCCUUCAGGAAAUCCUAAAUGUCUUUCGGAGGUUAGCCAAAGUUAAAGACUGCAUAGACAACAGGACGAGGAGCAGCGAUGACAAGAAAGAAUUAAUAGAGUUUGCAGUGGAACAUUGCAAAGAUGAAGAUGCUCUGCAGUGGCUGAGAGAAAACUCAGAGUUUGAAACUUUCUUCAAACUCAUUGAUUUGUUUCGAUUCUUGACAAAAAAAAAGGAAGAAAAGAAGCUCCACUCCAACAACAUUGACAUCACCUUUGUAGCACAUGGAUCGAUCACAGACUCCAUGAUAUCAGCCAACUGUUUGCUGCCUCUGUCCAAAAUCACUGAUGUGGUCCUGUACUCUCCCUGGAACUGUGCCAUCGAUGCUAAAGUAGCCUACGGUGUUGCUACAGGACUCAUAGAGCCUCAGCACAGAGUUUUCAGCUGUGAAACUCCUGAUCAGGAACGUUGUUGCUGCUGUCAUUGUCGCUCCUGUAGAAAUAAAAAAGUCUGUGAAGUUCCUGAUGCAGAUCAUCAACCCACAAAACGUCCAGAUGAGUGGAACUCCAUGAAGAAGGCUGGAGAUCGAAAGAUUCCUAACAUCAUGCUGCGUCCACUACGACAACGCAAGGACGGUGCUUGGAAAAAUUUUGAGAUUCUCAAGGAUAAGUAUUGUGAACCUGAGGGAAACCGCAUCAUUGUCCCAUUUAUCUUCCCAGGGAGGAGAAAAGAAGAAGUCCCAUUCUUUGUUGUCUCCUUGGCUCUGUCUCAGGUGCUCCUGUUCUCCAGGUUUCAAGCCACACUCCAUCUCACUGCCUGUUUGGGAAAAAUAUCCAGAGAAAUAAAAAUUGAUGAAGACACCCUGAAGGAGCAGUAUGCCUGCACCAUCGACAGCACAAGAAUGACAUCUUCACAAGGCAAGCCACGACAAAAGAACAAAAGAUUGUUCAAAGCUUUUAAAGUUCUGUUUGGUUAGACAUCCUGCAUUUCUCAAAGAUGAAAGAAAUUGUAGAGUCAUAAGGUGUUGAAAGUUAUUUUUUGUCACAUACCCACCUUGGUCAGUCAGACCAUCUUUUUUCUUCUCCAUUUCCCCGCACACAAAAACCUUAAGACCAACGGGCAGAACUGCUAAAGUUUGGCUGGAGGGAGCUGUCUCUUAUCUACAGGACUCUUCCAUUCUGUCACUUGAAAACACUGAAUUCAAAAUCUGUCCCCUCAUCUGGAGGAAAACACAUCAUCCGUGCUGUCCUACAUUAACUUCACUGUAGGUGUAUCCAAAUGAGAAACCGUGGAUAAACAGUGAAAUCAAGUGACACCAGGUUUCAAAUGUGCAAACUAUGAAUAGAGGAGGACCUUAGUGCUAAUACCUGUAAUACCUGUACAUCACAGAUGUUUACACAAAUCAACGACUCUGUCAGCAUGGUAGAGGAACUCAACUGCUUUUUUGCACGAUUUCAUAGCUGCAGUCACAACCCAGUCAUAAACCAACAGGUGACAACCCAAGGUCCCCUCCUCUACUCACUCAUCAACUCAUCAGGUACAGCUGCCUCUCUGUACCAUCAACACAAGGAAAGCAGCCGGUCCUGAUGGAGCGCAUGGAUGCUUGCUACAGGCCUGUGCUAACCAAAUAACAGAGGUAUUCACUCACAUCAACAUCUCUCUGUCCUCAUGCACAUUAGCUGCUUGUCUCAAAUCCAUGACCAUUACACCUCUGCUCAAACAAUCCACAGUAAACUGUCUCAAUGAUUAUACCCCGAUAAUUUCAAAAUGCUGAAAUGACAGAUACUCAAACUAAGGAACCCACCCCAGAUGAUCCAGAUCAACAUCAGUUAGUCUACUGAGCAAACAAAUCAACUGAAGAUGCUAUCUGUGUGGCUCUCAACACUGCCCUCACUCACCUAUUUAGAUAUAUGUAUAUAUAUAUAUAUAUAUACAUAUCUGUCUAUAUCUAUAUCUAUAUGUGUGUGUGUAUUUAUGUUACGACUUGAAAGGUGGGACGUUCUUUAAAUUUGAACAAAAUCACAUAAGCCAAUAUUUAAUUCACAACUGAAGAUAAAUAAGAUAACAAAUGUUUAAACUGAGAAAUGUUACUAUUUUAAGCACAAAACAAGCUCAUUUUAAAUUUGAUGCCUGCUACAGUUCCCAAAAUAGUCAAAUGGCUGAAAAAGCAAGAAAGUUCCAAACGAUUCAGCUGGGAGAAGAUGUAACAAGUAAUUAACCCUAACAUGCAUGAAUUAUGACAACCUCAAUCAGGAUUUUUUCUUAAGUAUUUUUAUUCAUCUUUAGGCAUGAAAAGAUGAAUAAAAAUACAACCAGUGGGUAGCAGGUAUGGAGUGACACUUCAGUGUCCAAUGUAGUGGUUUAUGUGCAAAUAUACCAUCAAAACUGACACAAAUACAAGAAAACAGCCUUUGAAUAGCUGCCCACUGUGACUACUAUGCGUGAAAGGGUUAACUGAUGUCAGGUUUGUGACACAACUGCCUGUAAAAGGGAUGUCUCAGUAAGGCAGCGUCUCUCAAAAGUAAAGAUAGACAGAGGCUCUCCAAAGUGUGAAAGAGUGUGUAAAAAGAUUGUGGACUACUUCAAAAACAAUGUUCUUCAAUGUCAAAUUAUAAAAGGCUUUCCAACUCUCAUUAUCUACAAUGCAUCAGAUCAUCAAAAGAUUUAGAGAAACCGGAGAUGUCUCUGCGCACAAGGCCCGAAGACCUUCAUUGGAAACCCGAGGUCUUCGGGCCCUCUGACGACAUUCCAUUACUCAUCGGCGUGAUUGCGUCCCUGACAUUACUAAAUGGGCCCAGGAAUACUUCCAGAAACCACUGCUGGUAAACACAAUCCACCGUGCCAUCUACAGAUGCCAACUAAAUCUCUGUCAUUUACAAAGGAAGUCAUAUUUGAACAUGCUCAGUUCAAAAGCCAGCGUCUCUGAUGGUAUGGAGUGCAUAAGUGCAUAUUGUUUGGGUAGCUGACAUGUUUUGAAAGCAACUAUGAAUGCUGAAAGGUGUAUAAAGGUUUCACAGCAACAUGUGCUCUCCUCCAGAUGACGUGUAUUUCAGCAGGACAAACCACAUGCAGCUGUUACAUCAGCAUGGCUUUGUCAGAGACAAGUCCAGGUGCUGAAUUGGCCUGCCCCAUCAGUCCCAGAUAGAGAAGAUUUGGCACAUCAAUUAAAAAAAAAAAAAUAUGUCAAAGACUACCAUGAGCUCUUCGGCAGGUGGAAACCUAUAUCAGGAAAGAAUGGGACUCAAUUCCACCCCAAACCUCCAGAAACAAUAACGCUGAUCCCCAGGUGUCUUCAGACUGUUUGAAAAGAAGAGGGGAUGUUACACCGUGGUAAACAUGCCCCACCCUGACUAUUCUGAGACCUGUAGCAAAUAUCCAAUCUGAAAUGAGCCCAUUUUGUGUAUAAAAUAGUAAAAUGUCUCCAUUUAAAUGUUGGUUGUGUUAUUUAUGUACUGUUGUGAAUGAAAUAUUGGCUUGGAUGAUUUGAAAGUCUUGUUUUUCAUUUCUCUCAAAUUUAAAGAACGUCGCAACUUCUCUGGAGUUCGGAUUGUAUCUAACUGUUAUGCAGCAUGUGAGGGAGUACAUCUAUAAUUUUAGCAUGCUUGCAUAAUAACAAAACAUUUUGAUGACCUACAACAAAGAGCUGAAGCAAAUAGACACAUAAAUAUCUUUUCCCAGGUUUCUUUAUCCAGUUUCAGCCAACAUUGCAAACAAGACUUGCAGCUAAUAGUGGUGGAAGGGGACAAGCUAAAGAAGGUGAACAAAAAUCGUUGGUAAAAACAGACAAAACUGAGAAAACAACAGUGGACGGGAUGGUGGCUGAGGAGCACACUGUCUGUAAUGAUGCCCAUGACCUAAACUUGGCAGUGGACGUGGAAGAUAGAAUUGUCGCCAUCUGCACAGACAUUAGGUUGAUGGCUGCAGAGGUGAUGUCUGAAGCUAGGCAACAUAAUAACCAAUCUGAAGACAACAGCUGACAGCGUGGGGGAAACUUUGUAUACUUUCACAUGAAUACCCUGCAGAAAUGUUGGGAAAGAGUCGCAUCAGAUGGAGAACUGCAUAACAUUUUACAUUUUAUUAGCCCUAAAUUAAAGUAUGUCCAGAUGGGUGAAAGUUACCUUCUACUGAGAGAAGGUAACAACGCUAACACAGACUGUACUUGGAAGUGAGAUUGACUUUUCUUUUGUAUGAAAUAUUCUGAGCAGCUUACCUGUCAAAGAUAAAUACCUUAAGGAUUUUGGUUCAGCCAGUAACAAAAGAACAGUUUUGACCACGAAUGGUUGAAAUGUGACCCAACUAAGAAUGACUAGACUGCCAUGUUGAGUAAUAUUGAGACAAAUACUUUUUUUUUUCCAAUUUACAGGCGGAUCCAUUCCCUAAAAAAAAUCAUUGAAAUGGAUGCAUUAUACAUACCAAUCAUAUAUCUCUAGUGCUACUCUGAAUACAUGUGUGACCAACAGGUGCUGUGCCUCAGUUUGUUCUAUUUGUGAAAAAUAAAACUUUUUCUUUUUUAGUGCAUGCUGAAUCUUGAAUACUGAGUGAUACUGAAAAGCAGAAAAUUGUUCUGAGUUCAGAAAAAUCCAAAUGUGAACUUCUCUUUGAAAAAUAUGGACACUGUGUCCUCGGGGCUGAAGAGAGGAGGGACCACCCAGCGUGAGGGGAAAAUAGCAGAAAGAAUGGAGUUAGUGAGCUGCUCUCUGUAAAGGCCAGAGCCCCAGAGGGCCCAGUGCCUCUGUCUUCAGUUAUGUUCGGUUUCUGUUAGCACGUGACCCUGGAGAUCUUUUGGUCUUAAAAUAAAUUACUAAUUUUUUUUAUUGAUUAAACAGAAGUGUGAGUGACAUUUGCACAUAAAUAAGUGACAUAAUAUUCAGUACUUAGUUUUAAGAGUUUCCUCUUUGGCCACCCCACUUCAGCCAUCUGCUGUUUUUUUUGUUUUUUUCGAAAAAAUUGUCCACACCCACCGCCGCGCUAUGAAUUCUGGGAUAGGUUUGGGCCACAAGGGAUACACCCGACCCAUCCUUCAAAUUCGGGGAAAUGAAGGACGGAUUUGUCGGCAGCAUUUGGAGCAGUCUUCGAUUUGGGACAGCCUUCGUCGCAUGGUGACAUAAUCGGACUUCAAAUGUGGCCUCCGAAGGAUGCAGCCCCUGAAUUGGGAUUCAGCGGGGGUGUCUAAAUUCAUAGGAUGCAUCCUCCUAAGGACCUGGCCUUCGCAGUCUACGUGGGCCGGGUCCUCUGAAGACCGGGUAGGCCGGAAGUGAGCGGCUGUGAAAUGGGACGGUCUAGCCUUCAGAUUUGCGUCACCGCUGUCUUGUUGGAGUUUAAUAACCUUAGCGGUCUGCUCCUUGGUAUCUAAAAUAUAAGAGGACACUGGUGUAAACUCUCAACCAUCUCACUGUCUGAUAACAAAGAACAUUAAAACAUUACU